CGUUUUGUCCGUUCACACUGAACACGGAAGUGAACCUGGGACUCACAUUUCUUUUGAUCGAGAUAUUUUUUUUAUUGAUGUGCAAGUACAAUUCAACAGUCAUAAACACAGACGCUUUGGUGCUGAAAACAACGGGAACAAAGGGACAAUAUGGAGAAUGUAUUAUCCUCGACUGGUGACAGUAAAUUGGACCAAGCCAUCAACCAGUGGUUGCAGUUUGACAAGAACCCCCAGACAGUGGCGUUGGUGCAGGGCCUGGUGAAGGAGGGGGCGGUUGGGGAGCUGCGGAGGUGUUUUGGCUCUAGGAUGGAGUUUGGGACGGCUGGCCUCAGAGCUGCUAUGGGACCAGGGAUCUCCUGUAUGAACGAUCUCACCAUCAUACAGACCACACAGGGGUUCUGUAAGUAUCUGGAGCACUGUUUCGGGGAGGGUCUGAAGGAGAGGGGGGUGGUGGUAGGGUUCGAUGCCCGUGCCCACCCUCCCAGUGGAGGCAGCAGUAAACGUUUUGCCAGCCUGGCAGCCGCCGUGUUCACCAGCCGAGGAGUCCCUGUCCACCUCUUCUGUGACAUCACACCCACACCCUUCGUGCCCUUCACUGUGUCUCAUCUGGGUCUGUGUGCUGGCGUCAUGGUAACCGCCUCCCACAACCCCAAACAGGACAACGGCUACAAGGUGUAUUGGGAGAACGGUGCCCAGAUCGUGCCGCCCCAUGAUAAGGGCAUCUCUGUAACCAUCGAGGCGAACCUGGAGCCCUGGCCUGAGUCCUGGGACGUAACCUCUCUCUCCCACAACCCUCUGCUGAAGGACCCUUACCAAGACAUCCACACAGAGUACUACCAAGACAUCCAGCAGCACUGUCACCACAGGGACAUCAACAAGAGUUCAGAGGUGAAGAUCGUGCACACCUCCGUGCACGGAGUCGGACACGCCUUCGUCCAAUCGGCUUUCAAGGCCUUUGACCUCCGACCCCCGUACGCCGUAGAGGAGCAGAAAGACCCUGAUCCCGAGUUCCCCACCGUCAAAUACCCGAACCCUGAGGAGGGGAAGGGGGUCCUGACCCUGUCGUUUGCCCUGGCUGAGAGGGAGGGAGCUACUGUAGUUCUGGCCAACGACCCCGAUGCUGACCGCCUGGCCGUCGCUGAGAAACAGAAGGGUGGUCAGUGGCGUGUGUUCAGUGGUAAUGAGUUGGGGGCGUUGCUGGGUUGGUGGGUCUACCAGUGUUGGAAACGGACCGACCCAGACCGGUCUACCGUGAAGUCAGUCUACAUGCUGGCCUCCACCGUCUCCUCUAAGAUCCUACGGGCCAUCGCUCUCAAGGAGGGCUUCCACUUUGAGGAAACUCUGACGGGGUUCAAGUGGAUGGGCAACAGAGCCAGAGAGCUGCUGGACCAGAAGAAGAUAGUACUGUUCGCCUUCGAGGAGGCUAUAGGGUACAUGUGUGGUUCUGCCGUGCUGGAUAAAGAUGGGGUCAGUGCGGCAGCCAUCGCAGGGGAAAUGACAUCAUACCUGGCCGCGAAGAACAUCACACUGUCACAACAACUCACUGCUAUCUACGAGGAGUAUGGGUACCACCUCACGAAGAACUCCUACUUCAUCUGUCACGACCAGGAAGUGAUCCGGGCCAUGUUUGACCGGCUGCGUCACUACGGUAACCAGGACCGGGAGGAUGUGUCGUACCCCAGGCAGUGUGGAGGCGUCGCCAUCACCGCUGUACGAGACCUCACGACGGGAUACGACAGCAGCCAGGCAGACAACAAGGCUGUCCUCCCCUCCUCCACCAGUAGUCAGAUGGUCACCUUUAGUUUCUCUAACGGGGGCGUGGCCACCAUGAGGACCAGCGGAACGGAACCCAAGAUUAAGUACUACACUGAGCUGUGUGCUGCCCCCGGCAACAGUGAUGUUAAAGGUUUACAGAAGGAGUUAGAUGCCUUGGUUAAUGCCAUCAUCGAGGACUUCUUCCAGCCCCAGAAGAAUAACCUGCUGUCCAAGCCUGAGUAACACACAUCAGUGGCUUGUAACACAAAGACCAGCGCUGGUUUGACUUCCUGAUCAAGAUUCCCUUUCACACAUUCUUCUUCCAGAACUCACACACAUUCUAGAACUUACACACACACAUUCCAGAACUUACACACACACAUUCUAGAACUCACACACACACAUUCUAGAACUCACACACACACAUUCUAGAACUCACACACACACAUUCUAGAACUCACACACACACAUUCUAGAACUCACACACACACACAUUCUAGAACUCACACACACACACAUUCUAGAACUCACACACACACACAUUCUAGAACUCACACACACACACAUUCUAGAACUCACACACACACACACAUUCUAGAACUCACACACACACACAUUGUAGAACUCACACACACACACACAUUGUAGAACUCACACACACACACAUUCUAGAACUCACACACACACACAUUGUAGAACUCACACACACACACACAUUGUAGAACUCACACACACACACAUUCUAGAACUCACACACACACAUUCUAGAACUCACACACACACAUUGUAGACCUCACACACAUUCUAGAACACACACAUUCUAGACGUCUUUAAUCAGUUGUAUCUGGAGCUGUACGUGUUAUCUACUAGCUGGAGUGCUGUGUAUUUGACCUAACACCCAGGGUUACUAACUGUAGUUCAGGGCUCUCAAGCCUGUUCCUGGAUACCACCCUCCUGUAGGUUUUAACUCCAACCCUCCUGUAGGUUUUAACUCCAACCCUGUUCCUGGAGAAACCCUCCUGUAGGUUUUAACUCCAACCCUGUUCCUGGAGAGAUACCCUCCUGUAGGUUUUAACUCCAACCCUGUUCCUGGAGAGAUACCCUCCUGUAGGUUUUAACUCCAACCCUGUUCCUGGAGAGAAACCCUCCUGUAGGUUUUAACUCCAACCCUACUACUGGGCUCCCAAGUGAUGCAGUCUAAGUUACUGCAUCUCAGUGCUAGAGGCAUCACUACAGACCCUGGUUCGAUUCCAGGCUGUAUCACAACCGACCGUGAUUGGGAGUCCCAAAGGGCGGCGCACGAUUGGCUCAGCGUCGUCCGGGUUCGGCCCGUGGUAGGCCGUCAUUGUAAAUAAGAAUUUGUUCUUAAUUGACCUGCCAAGUUAAAAUAAAGGUGAAAUAAAUUGUUUUUUAUAAUACUGAUUCUACUGCUCCUCCUUAAUAACCAGCCUCCUCUGUAACCAUUACGGCGUAACCUUUCAACAACAACAACAAGAAAGAUGUGAUUUUGAAAAUAAAAACCUGUUAAUUUGUAAUAGUAAUUAAUUUGUAAUAUCCACCAAUACUUUUGACUGCAAUCUGCCUGGAGUAUAGAUAUUUAAAAUGUGUAAUAUGAAAAACAGAAUGUGUCAAUUUUAAAACGUAAAACGAGAGAUGAGUUUUUAAUUAUGUCAUUCCUGUGUAAAUUCCAAAGCCUGUGUUAUAGUCCUGUCAGAUUACGGGUGCGUUCCAGAGCCUGUGUUAUAGUCCUGUCAGAUUACGGGUGCGUUCCAGAGCCUGUGUUAUAGUCCUGUCAGAUUACGGGUGCGUUCCAGAGCCUGUGUUAUAGUCCUGUCAGAUUACGGGUGCGUUCCAGGCCACCUACUAAGUGAUUUAUACUUUCUGAUUUUCUGUUUUGAUUACUUAUUAUUAUUUUGUUUAACAUUAAAUGCCCUUUGCAUUGUGGGGUGAAUGCUGUAACACUGUAUACAACAACUAAUACAAGUCCCAUGAAGGUAGUGACUGUCCAGUAAUGCUGAUCACUUAUUAACUAUAAUUUAUUCACAUUACUACAAUACUUCAGUUGUUGUGUAUAUUAGUGCCUUCAGUAUUCACACCCCCUUGUCUUUUUACACAUUUUGUUGUUACAAAGAGGAAAUAAAAUGGAUUGAAUUGUC